AUGCCAGAGAGCGUAGCCUCAGAUCAAACACAGGCUCUAGAGCCACAUUCGAACUUGCGAAGACAUGGAAACGACUCAUUCACAACGAAGCCGUCUUUCAACGAAAUUGCGCCAGAAAUCCUUCUCCAUAUUUAUCACUUGUUUCUACCACCAAGAACCCCCCCUUUCGGAACGACCGACUUCAAAAUACUGCCACCUGCCGAUAGCCCUGACAGAAUCGACCUCUCAUACACUCAGCAUUAUCCCAUAACGCUCCACAUCAACCGGGAAAGCCGCUACGAGACACUGAAAGCUUACAUGCUGGUGAUGCGAGAUAUCAGCCAGUUCCGACAACAGAUUCAUAUCACUCUCAGACACAUCCCCUGGCCCAAGAGAAGAAUCACCACAUGGUGGUGCUUUGACCCAGCGAACGAUAUUGUCCAAAUUCCUCAUUGUAACUCAACUCGAUAUAUUGUAGAAGCUGUGUCCUUGAACCCCGGAUUCUUGGAUAACAUAAAGCAUGCAGAAUGGGUAGAAGAAGGGCCUAGUCUAGCAUUCCCAGCUCACCACGCCCUCGGAAAUGGCGGCUUUUCAUACUUUUCGACUUUGUACAUCGAAAAGAAAUUUGAAAGUAUUGAAUACUUGGCUCGUCUUCAGGGAAUCGAGACUUUUACGUUCUUUGUCACGGAUCCUAAUGCUGCUGACCCCAAUCACGAUCAGAACACCCCAGACGAUGUGUAUCGAAAACCUAUUUGGAUUGCGGGGGCAACAUUCUACGUUUUCUUUGCUGGUCUGGCUAAGAUGGACCCCGUACGUACCAUUCCAAAGACCAUCCUUAAGACACCGAAUACUACAAUACCAUUCGUCGUCGAUCCAGACGUCAGCGUUCAAGAGAAACUUCCUGGAGAUGCAUACGAUAGGUCAGAUUUGAAGAUAAGGCACUUAUUUGAUUGGUUGGCGCAAAAAGUGUUGGAGGAAUUCAAGAAAGUGUGGUUUGCCAGAACAUCAGAAGAUAUAGUGACAACCUGGAAAGAUGCUGAGAUGGGAGUAGUUGAUAAACUGACAUGGGACUCCUACUAUGUACGAACGAGGAAGCACAUGAGAACCGAAUAA